AUGCAAUUCUCCCUCCUCCUCCUCGCAGCAACAGUCUCCGCCAUCCGCGUCAGCUACGACGAAGGCUACGACGACCCCUCCCGAAGUCUCACAUCCGUCGCCUGCAGCGACGGCCCCAACGGCCUCAUCACGACCCACGGCUUCCAAACUCAAGGUCAAAUUCCUGGAUUUCCUAAUAUUGGAGGGAGUUUCGAAAUUGCUGGAUGGGGGAGUGCGCAGUGUGGAGCAUGUUAUCAAGUAACGUAUAAUCAAAAAACCAUCAAUGUGAUCGGAAUUGAUCGUGCGGGUGAUGGGAUGAAUUUGGCCAAGGCGGCCAUGGAUACUUUGACGGGGGGGAGAGCGGUGGAGUUGGGUGCUAUUGAUGCGACUGUCACACGAGUGGCUUCGGGAGUCUGUGGAUUGUGA